AUGGCUGUCCGUGACCUAGUCGCCGAACCCUCGCUAUUGCCCGUGUUGUCCACCAGCGCCGAGACCCGCGAUCAAUGCCAGCGAUUGCUGGCUGCCUUGGAUCCGACCGCAGACUCCGACCCGCAAGAAGCUGCCCUGACCGCGUCGAAGGAACAAAAGCGGUUAUUUGCUCUGCUGGCUCGUCUGCGUGGUCAGAAUCGUGAGGCAAUUCUCCGCGUGCGUGAGACGAAACAAUCUACCGCCGAAGGUCGCCAGGAGAUCGAUCGGUUACAUCUCCAACUGCAGAAUCUGUAUUAUGAGCAACGGCAUUUGGCCGGUGAAAUCGCUGCCUGCGAGUCUUAUGACCACAAAUACCUGGCCCUUCCUCUAAUCCCUGUCGAGGAGUUCCUGGCCCUUUUCCCCGAACACAACGACUCCGAUGCCCACGAACUCAUGGUGGCCCGAAUCAAUCAUGAACAUGCCGAGCGUGAGAAACUUGAGCAAGCCCGUCAGGAGCUUCUCAAACGCAAGCAGGCUCUGAUCGCUGAGAACAACAAACGAAAGGAUGAUUUGGCCAGCUUGGACCAGGAUUUGGAGCGGUUUAUCGACGCCGCAAAACCCAUCCAGAAGCUUUUCGAAAAGGAGUAUUAG